AUGAGCAGGAUGCGCAUCUUCAACCUCCAUUCAGCCGAGAAUGCAACGUCGCUACGUCGAGGAUCAGUCCAUUUCGCACAAAAGAACAAGACCAUUCAAACGCCAGCCUGUCUCACAUACACAUUACGCGGAUCGGUACCUCAUUUGGUGGCUGACAACUUGAAGCAACUACCUGUCGAGUCCGUUCAAGUAUCAUUGGAUCAUUUCGUGGAUAAAAAGGAGCCGCCAUCAUUCAACUAUCCACAUGGCCUACACAAGUACUUGAACAUGCAGGAUCAAUUGUUGUUUUUGGAUGUGCGUGAUCCCAUCAAAUUAGCGCCGACGGCUGCCAAUUCUGACAAGUUUAUCGCUGUUGAUACAAAUAGUGGUGUGCAGAGAAUCACUACAGAGACUUGGAUCAAAGCCUUGAAUGCAUAUCGACCCGAUUGGUGCGCUCCAUUUGCAGAUACCGUCAAGGCUGGUGAAGAGAUCAAAUCGAAGCGGAUCAUCAAGGGUGUGGAUCGCACGUUGCGAUGGUUGAAUGAAUCCUUGCCCAAAGCACAGGAGCUCAAUAUACCCAUUAUGGCCCCUGUUGUUGGAUACAACAAUGAGGAAGAGCGUGUGCGUUCAGCUUUUGCUACAGCCGAAAAGGAUGUUCAAGGUUUCAUCCUCAAUGCCUUUGAACUCAAGGAUGAUGAAAUUGAUAAAUGCUUCAAGACAACCAUCGACCACUUACCAAAGGACAAACCAAGACUAGCAUAUGGAUUAUCCACUCCAGAGAAGAUCCUCCAAGGAAUUACAAAUGGAAUUGACCUUUUCGAUGGGAGCUACGCAUAUCAAAUGACGGAGAAGGGUAGAGCUAUCAUCUUCAAGUUUGGAGAAACGGCCGAUCUUGAGACCCAGAGCGAGCCUGAAGAAAAGACACUCAAUUUGUGGAAAAAGGAGCUAUCCCAGACGUUUGAUCCCAUUGAUCCAUCAUGUAAAUGUUAUUCCUGCAGCACACCCCAUACUCAGGCAUAUAUCCACCAUCUCCUCAAUGCUCACGAAAUGCUUGGACCGCUUCUAUUAAUGAGCCAUAACGUAUACCAGCUGGAGCAAUUCAUGGCAUCUAUACGCAAGAGUAUUGACGAGAAUAGAUUUGAGCAGGACAUGCAGGCUUUUAUGAAAAAGUAUCGACAUGAGGCUGAGACAAAUGGCAAGCUCGAACACAAAGAUGAAAUAGACGCAGACUCACUCGGCAACCAUAUUAGUAAGAAACGGCAAAGGUUAUCAUAG